UUUAUAUAUUAGCUGUACUCUCUACCUCUGGUGAACAAAUUGACAUUUGUUUCCUCAAAACUUAUUUGGAAUAUUGGAUUUUUGUGAGCGAAUUACUUAAAACUACAAAAUGGAACAAAUUGAUUUAACUAAAUUGAGUAUUCAACAACUCCAACAACUAAAAAUGGAAUUCGAAUCGGAAUUGAAUGUUUUUCAAGAAUCGCUGCAAACCCUCAAGAUGGCCAAAACAAAGUUUGCCGGAUCGAAAGAGGCCUUGGAGCAAAUAAAUCCGAGCUGGAAAGAUAAAGAAAUUUUGGUGCCGCUAACUGGCAGCAUGUAUGUUCCUGGCGUUGUGAAGCAGGUGGAUUCAUUCAUCAUAGACGUGGGAACAGGAUAUUAUGCUGAAAAGGAUCUCGAAACAUCCAAGGAUUACUUUCAGCGUAAGGUCGACUAUGUUCAAGAACAAAUGGAUAAAAUCGAUGUUCUAGGCCUGCAAAAGUCCAAAGUUCUGAAUGCCGUUGUGGACGUUAUUGAUAUGAAAAUUGCUCUGAUCCAGCAACAGCAACAACAAGCGGCUGCGUCGUAAGUUUCAGUUAAAUAUUUUUUAAUAAAACUCGUUUUGAAAUUUAA